AUGACCAACACCGCCACCACCCCCUCUCUCCCCACCCCGGAGGACAUCGGCACGUGGCGCAUCAACCCCAUCUAUCUCUCCCGCCGUUUCCCGACCGCCCAGGGCCUCGUCCCCCUCUUCGUGGAGGACUACCUUCUCUUCCCAGGCGACAUUCUCGCCAGUCUGGCCGAGCAGGGCCACAAUCCCCUGCCCCUUGAAGACCUCGUCGUCUUCACCCUGGAGGGCCUCGCUCCCCGUCCCCCCAGCAAGCCUCAACCCCUCGUCCCUCCUCUCACGGAGGCGGAAACCAUCGAGCUCAAGCUCUGGAGGCUCGACGCUGUGGAACGGGCUGAACGCGGGGAGGACCUCGACUUCGGCGAGUGGUGGCAAGUAUUCAGUGCAUACAUGGUCCAUCACAAGCCCGGGGGCUCGGCUCCUGGUCCGUCUGUCGCGGACGUCGACUAG